AUUUUCAUAACAUGCAAUAAAAAGUAGCUAGUAUAAAAAAACAUACAUAACCAAACAUGGAGCAAGUAGCAACUAGGCAGCAAAAUGGCAUGAACAAGGGGGUAAAUGGGCAGCAAGGAGGAGGGCCAUGGGAGCAACAAGGUGUGGACUGGUUCCAAAUGCCGGUACAUUACCCGAAAUAUAGUCGAGCCGACUACGAAACCAUGCCGGAGUGGAGGAUUGAUUGCUUGUUAACUCAAUAUGGAUUGCCUGUUUCCGGUGAUUUAGAUCAUAAGAGGAAGUUUGCCAUGGGUGCUUUCUUGUGGUAAAAAUAUGAUUAAUUAGUAUAUUUAUAUUGAUAAUAAUGCAUGUAAUGUCAUAAUUAUGUGUGUUUAUGAAGCUAGCUAGAUUAUGUAAUCAUAAUUGUUUUUGAUUAUGCUUAUGAUUUAUUUGAGUGUUUUUUUUUGAGAUAAGAAAAGAAAAAAGAAAUUAGUACUAAUGGGGUCUUGAUUGCUUAGUAUGUACUCUUAUAAAUGGAUGUAGUGUGUUAUGAUACUAACUAGCUAGCUUGCAAAUCUUGAGAAAUAAAGAAUUACAAAAUUAUUAUGUUA